AUGGAAAAAUGGAAUAUUGCCUCUUCGAGUCCAUGUCUCAUUUUGCCAGCUGUAUUUGUACAUGAACUGGACUUGCGUGGGAAGGAGGAUUCAAUCAAUAAUCAUUCAGCAAUGGCGGCGGCGAGCAACCCGGCUUUUGAACCGGAUCAGGACAAACCGAUCGAUCCGAAACUGGAAUUCGCCCAAUUCGCAGCGGGGUGCUUCUGGGGCGUGGAGCUUGCUUUUCAGAGGAUUAAUGGGGUUGUGAAAACUGAAGUCGGUUAUUCUCAGGGCCACGCUGCGGAUCCCGACUACAAGCUUGUCUGCACCGGAUCCACCGGCCAUGCCGAAGUUAUCCGGGUUCAAUUCGACCCAUCUGUCUGUCCUUAUUCCAAUCUCCUUUCUCUCUUCUGGUCUCGCCAUGAUCCCACCACUCUCAAUCGCCAGGGUAACGACGUGGGCACCCAGUAUCGAUCAGGGAUUUACUACUACAACGAAGAUCAAGCCAAUCUGGCUCGUCAAUCGAAGGAAGCAAAACAAGAGGAGGUCGAGAUCAACAUCGUAACUGAAAUCCUUCCGGCGAAGAAGUUCUACAGGGCGGAAGAGUAUCAUCAGCAGUACUUGGAGAAAGGCGGCGGAAGCCAUGGCCGGAAGCAAUCGGCCGCAAAGGGCUGCAAUGAUCCCAUCCGUUGCUACGGUUAACGGGUCGGAUCCAAUACUAGGUACAAA